AUGUGGAACAUGUCUACACUGAUUCUUCUGCUAUGUUCUCUUAUUGGUUCUGCUACAGCUUCUGUCUCUUAUGACUCUAAAGCUAUCACCAUUAAUGGUCAAAGAAGGGUUCUCAUUUCUGGAUCCAUUCAUUAUCCAAGAAGCACCCCUGAGAUGUGGCCAGAUCUUAUUCAGAAGGCUAAAGAAGGAGGUUUAGAUGUGAUUCAGACUUAUGUUUUCUGGAAUGGACAUGAACCUUCACCUGGCAAAUAUUAUUUUGAGGGAAACUAUGAUUUGGUGAAGUUCAUAAAGUUGGUGCAGCAAGCUGGUCUCUAUGUUCAUCUAAGGAUUGGUCCAUAUGUUUGUGCUGAGUGGAACUUUGGGGGUUUUCCUGUUUGGUUGAAAUACAUUCCUGGAAUCAGUUUCAGAACAGACAAUGAACCAUUUAAGUUUCAAAUGCAAAAGUUUACUGAGAAGAUUGUUAAUAUGAUGAAAGAAGAAAGGUUAUAUGAGUCUCAAGGUGGUCCAAUAAUUCUAUCACAGAUUGAAAAUGAAUAUGGACCUAUGGAGUAUGAAAUUGGUGCCCCUGGUAAAUCCUAUACGAAAUGGGCAGCAGAUAUGGCUAUAGGACUCAGUACCGGAGUUCCCUGGAUAAUGUGCAAGCAAGAUGAUGCUCCCGAUCCUGUUAUUAACACCUGCAAUGGCUUCUAUUGCGAUUAUUUCUCUCCGAAUAAGGCUUAUAAACCGAAGAUGUGGACAGAAGCUUGGACGGGAUGGUUUACCGAGUUUGGAGGUCCGGUACCUCACCGACCUGCUGAAGACUUGGCGUUUUCAAUUGCAAGAUUUAUACAAAAAGGGGGAUCGUUUAUCAAUUAUUACAUGUAUCAUGGAGGAACAAAUUUCGGUAGAACUGCUGGUGGUCCAUUCAUUGCUACAAGCUACGACUAUGACGCACCUUUGGAUGAAUAUGGAUUGCUGAGGCAACCAAAAUGGGGUCAUCUGAAGGAUUUACACCGAGCGAUAAAACUCUCCGAACCGGCUUUAGUUUCUGGAGAUCCUACCCUUACACGGAUCGGAAACUAUCAAGAGGCUCAUGUGUUUAAAUCAAAGUCGGGAGCUUGUGCUGCGUUUCUCGCAAACUAUAAUCCAAAAUCUUUUGCAACAGUGCCGUUUGGAAAUAUGCAUUACAACUUGCCUCCUUGGUCUAUAAGCAUUCUUCCUGACUGCAAAACAACGGUUUAUAACACCGCAAGGGUUGGUUCGCAGAGUGCCCAGAUGAAGAUGAGUCCCAUUCCUAUUCACGGUGGACUCUCUUGGGAAGUGUUUUCUGAACAAACAGCCUCAACUGAUGAUAGUUCCUUCACCAUGACUGGUCUACUGGAGCAGUUAAAUACAACAAGAGAUUUAACCGAUUACUUGUGGUACUCCACAGAUGUUGUAAUUGAUCCCAAUGAAGGAUUUUUGAGAAGUGGAAACGAUCCUGUUCUUACAGUGCUAUCUGCUGGGCAUGCUAUGCAUGUUUUCGUCAACGGUCAGCUGUCAGGAACUAUAUAUGGAAGCUUGGAAUUCCCCAAGCUAACAUUUAGCCAGAGUGUGAAGCUCAGACCUGGUGUCAACAAAAUAUCUCUUCUAAGUGUUGCAGUUGGACUCCCGAAUGUUGGCCCUCAUUUCGAAACAUGGAAUGCUGGUGUUCUCGGCCCGAUUACGUUAAAUGGUCUUGAUGAAGGUAGACGGGACUUGUCUUGGCAGAAAUGGUCUUACAAGGUUGGUCUCAAUGGUGAAGCGUUGAGUCUUCAUUCUCUUAGCGGAAGUUCUUCAGUGGAUUGGGUUCAAGGGAGUUUAGUUUCUCAAAUGCAGCCGUUAACUUGGUACAAAACUACUUUCGAUGCCCCGGCCGGAGUUGCACCGUUUGCUUUAGACAUGGGAAGCAUGGGAAAAGGACAAGUGUGGUUAAACGGACAGAAUCUCGGCCGUUACUGGCCUGCUUAUAAAGCAGCAUCUGGUAAAUGUGAUAACUGUGACUAUGCAGGAACUUAUAAUGAGAAUAAAUGUAGAAGUAACUGCGGCGAGGCUUCUCAAAGAUGGUAUCACGUCCCUCGUUCGUGGUUGGAACCAACCGGAAAUCUAUUGGUUGUGUUUGAAGAACUGGGCGGAGAUCCGAAUGGAAUCUUUUUGGUUAGAAGGGAUAUAGACACUGUAUGUGCUGAUAUUUACGAGUGGCAACCGAAUCUUAUAAGUUAUCAAAUGCAAAGUUCUGGCAAAUCUACAAAACCUAUUAGACCAAAAGCACAUCUAUCAUGUGGCCCUGGACAGAAAAUAUCAUCGAUCAAAUUCGCUAGCUUUGGUACUCCGGUAGGGUCUUGCGGAAACUUUCAUGAAGGAAGCUGCCAUGCUCACAAGUCUUAUAAUGCUUUUGAAAAGAAUUGUGUUGGACAGAACUCAUGCAAGGUAACGGUGUCGCCUGAAAAUUUUGGCGGAGAUCCAUGUCCAAAUGUCUUGAAGAAACUCUCGGUCGAGGCCAUUUGUACAUGA